CAGCAGCUGGGCAGAGGGUCAGAUGCCAGUCCUGCCAAACUUCUGUUCCAGGCAGGGGGUGUCCUGCCGCUACCAGGACUGGCUGUCAUCCGCUGCUCUCUUGUCACACUGACACGGCCCCCUGGCUGGGCUGAUUGGUCGCUGGCAAUAACUGAUAUGGAAUACUGAUGUUCUCACCGGCAGUUCCUUCCACUCCAAAGAGGUGCCUUCCCACGCCUCUCCUUCCCACCCUGAGCCCAGCCUGGUCCCCCCACACCCCCAGGCGGCCCCUGUACCCCGGGGGAGGACCAGUCCUGGGCAUGCUGCUCUGAGGCCACGGUGGGAUUCACCAGGCUGCUUUCGCUCCUGCUCGCUCUCCAAGAGUCCUGCUCCAGACUUCUCAGGGUUUCCACGGCACAAACAACUGCAUGCGGGCCUGCGGAGAGGCUGGACAGGACUUGUAUAUGGUGGUUUUGUCGCCUCUCUUCACUUUGCUGGAAGCCUUCGGAGUGCAGCCUGCAGGUUUACAGCUGAUUUCUCUUUGCCCCAGAGCUGAGGAAGGAUCCUUCUCCUUCUGUUGACUCUUUCUAUUUUUAUGGUAAGUGCUUGCUUUGAAUGAGCUGCUCUGCUGCAGUGAACAUCCUCAGUCGGUCCCCAGCUAAGCCUGGUGACCUUCCUUUUCUGCAUUUCUUCUGUUCUCAUGGAUCCCACUCCGGGAGGAUCCAGCUAACUACAAUGCCAGGGGCCAUUUAUUUGGAUUGUUUUUGUAUUUUUAAUUUUUUACCAUCACCCUGAGCUCUCCAGGCUGUGAUGGAAACAUAAGUGCUCUCUCUUUGUCCUUGAAGCAGCAGCCAGAGAAAUGUGUCUGCGAUGGUAAAUUGCAGCAGUAGGCAGGGAAUCCUGCAGACUUAGGCAAGAUGAAGCCUGGGGGUGCCAGGGGGCACUGUCUGGGAAUCUGGAGGUGCCGGGGGUGAUUGCCACCCCGCAAACUCUCCCAUCUCUCCGGGUGAAGACAAGCACACACGUGUUUAAGUGUAUCUAUUCAUGGGGCUGAAAAGCGCUUGCAAAUCCAUCAACGGCGAAGCCUGGCAAGCCACCCAGGGUCACAUCGCCACGUGCCUGUGGUCAGGCACUCCUCACUCCCGCCAGGCAGCAGGACAGUAAAAAUGGAAGCAAGCUCUUCCGGAAUCACUAAUGGAAAAACCAAAGUGUUCCACGCAGAAGGAGGUGUGGAUUUGCAAGGCUACCAGCUGGAUAUGCAAAUACUCCCUGACGGCCCAAGGAGUGAUGUGGACUUUUCAGAGAUUCUUAAUGCAAUACAAGAAAUGGCCAAGGACGUCAAUAUCCUUUUUGAUGAACUAGAGGCUGUCAGUAGUCCUUGCAAAGAUGACGACUCCCUCCUUCACCCCGGGAACCUGACCAGUGCUUCAGACGACGCCAGCAGAUUAGACACAGGUGGAGAGACAGUGCGGGAAAAAAAUAAGUUAAAUGGACUUUACUUUCGAGAUGGGAAGUGUCGAAUCGACUACAUUCUUGUGUACAGAAAAUCCAGCCCCCAGACUGAAAAGAGAGAAGUGUUUGAAAGAAAUAUUAGAGCAGAAGGAUUACAAAUGGAGAAGGAGUCCUCUCUAAUAAAUAGUGACAUUAUCUUUGUGAAGCUGCAUGCCCCAUGGGAAGUCCUCGGAAGAUACGCAGAACAAAUGAAUGUAAGGAUGCCUUUCAGGAGAAAAAUCUAUUACCUGCCCCGCCGGUACAAGUUCAUGAGCAGGAUCGAUAAACAAAUAAGCAGGUUUCGGAGAUGGUUACCUAAGAAGCCAAUGAGGCUGGACAAGGAGACACUGCCAGACCUGGAGGAGAAUGACUGCUACACUGCCCCUUUCAGCCAGCAAAGGAUCCACCACUUCAUCAUACACAACAAAGACACUUUCUUCAACAAUGCCACAAGAAGUAGAAUCGUGCAUCAUAUUUUACAAAGAAUAAAGUAUGAAGAAGGAAAAAACAAAAUUGGUCUGAAUCGCUUGCUCACCAAUGGCUCCUAUGAAGCUGCUUUUCCCCUGCAUGAGGGGAGUUACAGAAGUAAAAAUUCUAUCCGAACACACGGAGCGGUAAACCACCGGCACCUUCUCUACGAGUGCUGGGCGUCCUGGGGAGUGUGGUACAAAUACCAGCCUCUGGAUCUCGUGAGGCGGUACUUUGGAGAGAAGAUCGGGCUGUAUUUUGCCUGGCUGGGCUGGUACACGGGCAUGCUCUUUCCCGCUGCCUUCAUUGGAUUGUUCGUCUUUUUGUAUGGCGUCACCACCCUGGACCACUGCCAAGUCAGUAAAGAAGUCUGCCAAGCUACAGAUAUCAUCAUGUGUCCUGUGUGUGACAAAUACUGUCCUUUCAUGAGGCUCUCCGACAGCUGCGUUUACGCCAAGGUGACCCACCUUUUUGACAAUGGAGCCACGGUCUUCUUUGCUGUUUUCAUGGCUGUCUGGGCAACAGUCUUCCUGGAAUUUUGGAAAAGACGUCGAGCAGUAAUUGCUUAUGACUGGGAUUUGAUAGAUUGGGAAGAAGAGGAGGAAGAAAUACGACCUCAGUUUGAAGCCAAGUAUUCCAAGAAAGAGCGGAUGAACCCGAUUUCAGGAAAGCCAGAACCCUAUCAAGCAUUUGCCGAUAAAUGCAGCAGACUUAUCGUUUCUGCAUCUGGAAUAUUUUUUAUGAUCUGCGUGGUGAUCGCAGCCGUGUUCGGGAUCGUCAUCUACCGGGUGGUGACCGUCAGCACGUUCGCAGCCUUUAAGUGGGCGUUAAUCAGGAACAACUCUCAGGUGGCCACCACGGGGACUGCCGUGUGCAUCAACUUCUGUAUCAUUAUGCUGCUGAAUGUGCUCUAUGAAAAAGUUGCGCUGCUUCUGACAAAUUUAGAACAGCCUCGCACAGAGUCCGAGUGGGAGAACAGCUUCACCCUGAAAAUGUUUCUUUUUCAGUUUGUCAAUCUGAACAGCUCCACGUUUUACAUCGCGUUCUUCCUCGGAAGAUUUACAGGACACCCAGGUGCCUACUUGAGGCUGAUAAACAGGUGGAGACUAGAAGAGUGCCACCCUAGUGGAUGCCUUAUUGAUCUGUGUAUGCAAAUGGGUAUCAUAAUGGUGCUAAAGCAGACCUGGAAUAAUUUUAUGGAACUUGGCUACCCGUUAAUUCAGAAUUGGUGGACUAGAAGAAAAGUACGACAAGAACAUGGGCCAGAGAGGAAAAUCAACUUCCCACAGUGGGAAAAGGACUACAACCUUCAGCCAAUGAAUGCCUACGGACUCUUUGAUGAGUACUUGGAAAUGAUUCUCCAGUUUGGAUUCACAACUAUCUUUGUGGCAGCUUUUCCCCUAGCACCACUUCUGGCCUUACUGAAUAACAUAAUUGAAAUUCGACUUGAUGCUUACAAAUUUGUCACACAGUGGAGGAGACCUCUGGCUUCAAGGGCCAAAGACAUAGGAAUUUGGUAUGGAAUUCUGGAAGGCAUCGGAAUUCUCUCUGUCAUUACAAAUGCAUUCGUCAUAGCGAUAACAUCUGACUUCAUCCCUCGCUUGGUGUAUGCUUAUAAGUAUGGACCUUGUGCAGGCCAAGGGGAAGCUGGGCAAAAGUGCAUGGUUGGCUAUGUGAACGCCAGCUUGUCUGUGUUCCGAAUUUCUGACUUUGAGAACCGGUCGGAGCCCGAGUCUGACGGCAGCGAGUUCUCCGGGACUCCUCUCAAGUAUUGCAGAUACCGAGACUACCGCGACUCUCCUCACGCGCUGGUGCCCUAUGGCUACACGCUGCAGUUCUGGCAUGUCCUGGCAGCCCGGCUGGCUUUCAUCAUUGUGUUUGAGCACCUCGUGUUUUGUAUAAAGCACCUCAUUUCCUAUCUGAUCCCCGACCUCCCAAAAGACCUAAGGGAUCGAAUGAGAAGAGAGAAGUACUUGAUCCAGGAAAUGAUGUAUGAGGCCGAACUUGAGCGCCUCCAGAAAGAACGGAAGGAGAGGAAGAAGAAUGGAAAAGCACAUCACAACGAGUGGCCAUGAUGAGGUUUCUCAUCACUGAGACACAGUGCUGGACACCUACAACUUACAGGAGGAUUUGGCUCACAGUUUCAGGGGAUUCAUUCCAUGGUCAGCUGGCUCCACAGCAGAAGCAUCAUGCAGAAGGGCGUGCUGGUGCAAAGAAGCUGAGUUCUUGGUGGCUGGGAAGCAGAGCAGGGGAACAGCACCACAGAACAAUGGCCCAAGGUCAUAACUCCAUGACCCACUCAGACACACUUUACUAAGCCCCUAGGUUGCUCCCAAGCCAAUCAAGUUGACACAGUUAUGCUUAACUGGGGUGGGUGGGUUAAGACUAAAUACACUGUAAGAAAACUCCAUAAUGUUCUCACACAUUCUUUCAGAAAAUCUCACACUUUCUCACUAGCAAGUCAGUUAUAGCUGUGUGAUCUUGGACAAGCCACUAAACUUCUCUGAGCCUUACUUUCCUCGGUGAUGAAGUGUUUAAUGAGCUCUCUGAUCUGAUACUCUGUGAGUCUAAUAUUAUUACAAGAUUUAGCCCUCCUUACCCCUCAGUUUUUUCCCCCUUAUGUGAUUGAAAACUAACUUUGAAAACAUUUCCGAAAUUUGAUAUCCAAAGGAAAAAUGAGAUACAUAGGAAAAAAUAUGGUUUUCGCUUUUCCUAUAGGCCACGGUAUAGCAGAUAUGUGCAGAGAUGUUUGUUGAUAAGUUAGUGAAGCUGUAUCGACCCAGCUCUGUGUUAACAGUCCAACAGGCUACUAUGAGGUGAAUCUGACCAUGGAGUUGGAGGAAAUAAGCCAGACCCCACGCCCACAUGAAUAAAGGUGGUAAUAGGUGUUGAACACUAGCCUUGACCUCAAGUCCAAAGCAGGCUUUGGAUUCACUGAAGGCAAGAAAUAUUUUGCUACUUAGUAAUCUUGCCAUUUCCCAGAUCUGCUCCUUGGCUGUUACUCUGGGGAAAGUACUUAACUUUCUGAGUCCGUCUAUUAGACAGAAUUCAUAUGCAGCUCAAAUAAGACAAUGCAUGGGAAAUGUUUACUAAGCUGUAAAGGGCUGUAGAAUUCUGUCCGGGGUUUGCAUUUCUGUUAAGCAUCGCGUAGCAGUUUGGCUAGUUCUGUCCCUGGCUUUUCCAUUCACAUAAACUGAGCAUUCACAUAGACUUGGUCUUUACAUUUGCAAAAGUAAAGAAGUUGUACCAAGCAAUACUUCAGAGGUGAUCUGGCUUUAACCUUCCGGGAGUCUGUGAUCUGAUGCAACCUGCAGCCCCCUGCUCAUUCCGGCAGCCUCCUCUCUGCUGUGUUCCCUCUCUGGAGGAGAAAGCCUGACUAUCCAGACAGCUCCGGGUAGAGGGGGAAGCAAAUGUCACCGAAGGGAUUUGCGCCUGAGAGCCCCAGUGGCCAGGGACUGAGGUGCUGUUGGGUGGCCUUAUCCACACUGGGGCUUCCCUUAGCUAUAAAUAGGCCACCUGAUGAUUGGGGUUCCUUCUGCCUUCACCCCUGCGGGCUGCUUUCUUCCUAAAGGGGCCAUUCCUCAUUUUUGCUUGAAAGCAUAGCAUUUGUCUCUCUCUCUUCCCACCACUGCUGGCUGAUUGUCACCUUGCUUCAGGCUCCCUUUCUCACUCAGUCUGUUCACCUGCAGAGCGGGCAUAGUAAUGCUUACAUACCCCCGACCUGACUAACUCUUUGCAUACCUUUGAUGCAUGGUAAGUAACCGUCGCCUACCAUGUUGUUAAGCCAUCCUGUGUGCCUAGGAGCUUGAUGCCUUCCUUCCUCUUUCCAGGUAAUAGCUCAUUUCCAGGCCGAGGACCUGAAUUUUGUUUACUUCUCCUGGCUGUGCAAAAAGCACAUUCAAGUGAAUGACACAAACAAUGCAACCGCAGUGCAUGUUGUAGACUCGGGCAGCUGCAGGCGGUCGGCACCAGCCCGGGAUUGAGGUGGAGUCACUGCUGUGGAGCCGCAUUGCAGCCCCGCCCACCAUCGCUGUCCACCCCUAGACCAUUCCUGACCAAGCAGCAUGCACCGCGCGGGCAGUUCCAUCCUCAAGUUUUUAAAACCAAGGGGAACUUGUAUACUGGGCCUGUUUUUCAGCCUGUUUGCUACCUUUUUUUGCACUCUAUCCCGUGUGAAUUUUACAGACACUGGGCUCCAAAGAGUAUUUGGACACCUGGACACACAUUCCUAGAAUGUCACCAUAUGGUCCUAACUCCAUGUCACCAAAUGACACAGACAAGAUCCUGUUUACAACGACUCUUUUCUUUUCUUUUUUUAAUUUCUGAUCUUUCUGAGGAGAUGAUUAUCUAUGGCAUAUCUAUAGCUAUAUGUAUGGCCAUAGAUGUAUUUCUGUGUGUACAUAUGUAUAGCCGUGUAUUCCUACAUAUGUACAUACAAAUACAGAGAUAUAUAAAGUACAUAGAAACUCCUGACUUGUAAAUAGCCAAAAGGUACUGACAUGAAUAUGAAUUUUCACACUUAAUCAUCAACAUGAAGCCAUGUUUAAUGCUUGUAUAAUGUGAUGCAAUAAAAUUUAAAAUAAAUUUAUGCACAUGAAAUAUUUUCA